UUUUGGAUUGAACCAAUGAGCUGGAACUUCAGGAAAGCUGGAUCGAGAGAGAGAGAGAGAGAGAGUGUUGGAGAAUCUGUCAGCUGUGUGGAUUACUGGAGGCGGUUAUUGGCUGGUGAUCAGCUUCGGAACGAUUGGUUUUAGUGCAAGGAUGGAUUAAAUUUGUGAUCAUGGUGGUGAAUUCGGUGCACUGGUUCCGAAAAGGGCUGCGACUUCAUGACAAUCCGGCUUUACAGGAGGCGUUAAAUGGCGCGGACACGGCGCGCUGUGUUUAUGUUUUGGAUCCGUGGUUCGCUGGAGCGGCUAACGUCGGAGUCAACCGGUGGAGGUUUCUGUUGGAGUCAUUAGAAGAUCUGAAUAGGAGUUUAAGGAAGCUGAAUUCGAGGCUGUUUGUGGUGCGAGGGCAGCCUGCAGAUGUGUUUCCCAGACUGUUCAAGGAGUGGAACGUUACUCGUCUGACGUUUGAGAGCGACUCUGAGCCGUACGGUAAGGAGAGGGAUGGGGCCAUCAUUAAAAUGGCCCAGGAGUUCAGUGUGGAGACGAUCGUGAGGCACUCGCACACACUCUACAACCCCGACAGGAUCAUCGAGAUGAACAACAACAACCCACCGCUCACUUUCAAACGCUUUCAGGCCAUCGUGAGCCGUCUCGAGCUGCCCAAGAAACCGCUGCCCACCAUCACGCCAGAGCAGAUGGCCAACUGCAGCACGCAGGUCUCAGAAAACCACGACGAGCAUUACGCCGUGCCCUCGCUGGAGGAGCUGGGAUUUAAAACUCAGGGUGCAGGUGUGCCAGUUUGGAGAGGAGGUGAAACUGAAGCGCUGGAGAGACUCAAUAAACAUCUGGAUAGAAAGGCAUGGGUGGCGAAUUUCGAGCGUCCUCGAAUAAAAGCCCACUCGCUGUUUGCCAGCCCCACCGGUCUGAGUCCGUACCUCUGCUUUGGCUGUCUUUCAUCUCGAGUGCUUUAUUACCACUUACGUGAGCUCUAUAUGAAGCUGCGCAGACGUUCCAGCCCUCCUCUCUCGCUGUUCAGGCAGCUGCUUUGGCGUGAGUUCUUCUACACUGCAGCCACCAACAACCCCAGCUUCGAUCGCAUGGAGGGAAACCCUAUUUGCGUGCAGAUCCCCUGGGACCGGAACCCCGAAGCGCUGGCUAAGUGGGCCGAGGGCAGGACGGGCUUCCCCUGGAUCGACGCCAUCAUGUGUCAGCUGAGGCAGGAGGGCUGGAUCCACCACCUAGCUCGUCACGCCGUGGCCUGCUUCCUCACCCGGGGAGACCUGUGGAUCAGCUGGGAGAGCGGCAUGAAGGUGUUUGAGGAGCUGUUGUUGGAUGCUGACUGGAGCGUGAAUGCUGGAAGCUGGAUGUGGCUUUCCUGUAGCGCGUUCUUCCAGCAGUUCUUUCACUGCUACUGUCCAGUGGGCUUUGGACGCCGCAUCGACCCAAGUGGAGACUAUAUACGGAGAUAUAUUCCUGAGCUGAAGGACUACCCAAGCCGUUACAUCUACGAACCGUGGAAUACACCAGAGUCCAUUCAGAAGGCAGCAAACUGCAUCGUGGGAGUUGAUUAUCCCAAACCCAUGAUAAACCACGCAGAGAGCAGUCGCCUCAACAUCGAGAGGAUGAAGCAAGUUUAUCAGCAGCUCUCGCACUACAGAGGCCUUAGUCUGCUAGCAUCAGUGCCCACCAUUCAGGAGGAGGCAGAGCCAUCGAUGUCGGACGACUCUCAGGCCAGCAGCAGCGGUGCCAUCUCAACGUCCCAUCAGCCACAGCUUCAGUCUGAACCCCAGCCGUCACAAACAGACCCCGACCCCAAUCCAGACCAGGACCCCGAUCCCGAGCCUUCAUCAUUGUCGGCUCCUGUAGGCAUGAGAAAGCGAGGUCGCUCCUCUGAUCCCCAAAACUCCCAGAAUCCUAAAGUGCAGCACACCGGCCAGAGUCCAGCAGAGCAGCUGCACCCUGACAGCAAGCAGUGACCGAGCAGAUGAAGGUGAAGGAAAACUAAAAAGGAGAGGAUGCUCCACAACUAAAAGACAGGAAAUAAGAAGCUGAGAGGAAAAACACAAAGACGCGACGCUCAGACUGCAGCGUGUUACGGUUUGGUGCAGCCGGAGCUACAGCGUUUCCUGUUCUCUAGGCUUGCUGCACUUUAAAUAGAGCUUUAAUGUCCCAUCCAUAUUUAGAGGAUGUGGAUGUGCUUUUGAUCAACGUUUAACACAACACAGCUAGCCCUUGGAUCUUAAAAGCAACACAAUUCUGUUCAUAAAGUCUGAAGUUGUUCUUUAGCGCUCUAACUAAAGAGUUUUAUCAGUGUUGUAUUUUUUUAAAGUAUAGUAUAAUUCUAAUGAAGACGAGUAUAAUAAGUCGAUGCUUGCGGAAUGUACAAUCAGCAGCAUGAAGGAUUUUUUUUCUUUUCCUGUUUUAACAUCCGUGUUCAGUAAAAAGUGUUUGGUUUUUAACCCAUUUUCACGCAGUGAAGCUGUUCCCACGUCAUCCGAAUCUCUUAGUGAGCGACUACAUUCCACAUUAACAUGCACAUUUACACGCUUGAGUUCCCCCGAGCUAUGCGGACAGGCGUUAUGUAAUUUAUCUUUAUUGUAUAGAAGAAUUUAUUUAGUUGCAAGUGCUGCAGGUACGACAAGCAGACGUGCACAUGUGUGAGCUUUCGUGUUCGUGUAUGGAUGGCUGGAGGAAGUGGGAGGGGCUACGGUUUAUUGGAGACGUUUCUGUGACGGUGCAUCUGCGCAGUUUAUUUACAGUAUAAAUAAAUAAACACUUUGGACACAAA